AAUUAGUACAGAUGGAGGCGACGAUUUUAGCCUGUUUCCUGUUAAUGUUUGUGGAUUUCCCUUCACAUGCUGUUGCACAAGGAGAUAUUGAAUCUAUAAUACAGAAUGCUGUUGAUCGAGCAUUCGGUGAUGUAAGUGGGGGAGGUGGAACACUGGCAGUCGGAUCUUUCGGUCCACCAGAUGGAGGUUUAGCAAGGCCCGCUCCUCGAGUUCUUGGACAGAUUCCAGCAUUUCGAACUACUGAGACAAGACAGGAGCCUAGCGCCGCAUCGGGAGCAGCUGGAGCCCUGGCCAGAUUCUCCCAGACUAACUCACCGAGUCUGAAUGCAAUAAUCAGCGAUCGUUUCAAAAGAACUUUGAAUGCUACAAUGUUUGCUGCAGAACAAUUAUCUAGUGGACCCAUGGGUUUGCGAGAAUCUUUAAAUCGCGUGACAAGCGAUCCAAGUGUCACAGAAAUAUUUCAACGUUUAGUGACCAAAUUCUGUUUUGCACGACCCACCUGCGAUAUUGGUAAUCCUUACCGACGAGUAGAUGGACAAUGUAACAAUUUGCGGGACCCUUUACUUGGAUCAUCAGGCACACCACAGCAACGUGUUCUAAGCCCAGCAUACGAAAGUAGGUAUUAUUAUGCAAUUAUUGACUGGGUAUGA